AUGUCAUAUCUCAACGAAGAUUGUCUCAGAAUUGUUUUUAUUAAAUUGAAAUAUGAUCUAAAAUCUUUAUAUUCAUGUAUUUUAGUAAAUAAGUUCUGGUACCGUGUAGCUAUACCAAUAUUGUGGAAUAGAAACUUUGAUGACAAUGAAAUUUCAUCUAAUUCUAAACUUUAUAAUACAAUAAUUUAUUUGUUACCAUCAUAUUCAAAGAUGUUAUUAAUUAAUAAUAUUGAUAAUGAAAAUAUUACCUUUUCGAAUCGACCAUUAUUUAAUUACAUUAAUAUUUCUCCCCAAGUUCCAUCACGUUUUAUCAAGAAUAUGAUAGAAACUCUAAUUAAAAAGGAAGAUAAAUAUGGUUUAUAUAAAAGAAAUUUACUAGAACGAGAAGUUUAUAAGUUAUUUAUCAGUAAUUGUAAAGAUAUCAAGUGUUUUUAUUUGAAUACAACACAACAUUUAUAUCAAUUUCCAGGUGCAUUAACUUGUUUCUCUCAGAUCUGUGUCUUAACAAUUAAUGUUCUUAAUGUAUCUUCAACAAUAUUAUUUGGAAUGGCAAAAAUUUGUAAAAAUGUUGAGGAUCUAACAAUACUAUAUUGUGAUGGAGAUAUUCCAGGAUUAAAUAGAUUUAUUGAUGUUCAAACAAAAUUGAAAUCAUUAAGAUUAGAAUUUAAUAAUGUAAAAAAGCAAUGUAAAGAAUUAAGUGACGUGAUAGGAAGAAAAGCCAUUACACUUCAAGAAGUUGAAAUAAGUUUAACUGAUAAUUCACUUUCACCUAAUUUUUUUCCAUCAUUAAUAAAUCUACGAUGUUUAAGGCUUCAUAACAGUGAAAUACUUUAUGAUGGGAGCGUAGAAAUGAAAGAAUGGGAAAAAUAUUUAUCAAUUUCUUCUUUCCCAAAUCUUCAACAUCUUGAAACUACAUAUUUACCAUUUUAUAAUGAUUAUAUGUUAAUUGAAAAAUCUAAUGGUAAGAUUUUAGAAAUCAAUAUAUCUCAAGAACCAGAUUCUAUUUAUACCAAAAAAUUAAUUAAUAGUGUUGUUAAAUAUUGUCCAAAUCUUGAGAGAUUAACUAUAGAAAUUGAAUUUGAAAAUUUGGAUGAUAUUAAAGAAAUUUUUUUAAAUUGUAAUCAAUUAAGAAUGAUAAAUCUCUCAUUAUAUAAUGAAAAUAAUCUUAAUUGUGAUAAAUUCUUUGAAAUUUUGUUAAAAUAUUCACCAAAAACUUUAUGCAAAAUUUACUUUAGUGAAGAAUGGAUUUUUACUGUUAAUGGAUCAAAAUCUUUUUUUGAAAAUUGGAAAAAUUGGAACAUUGAGACUGUAUUUGCAUUUUAUAAAGUUCCACUUACAGAUGAACAUAAUAAAGUAUUAUUAGCCAUUUCCAAUUUUAUUAUAAUUAUGACUUAA